AUGCAAUCUGCACUACGAAUCACACUCCGCGCAACAGGUGCGGCACGACCUGCAGCUCUCCGCCGCCCCUACCACAGCACAGCGUACAACCUCCUCGCCUACAAAGACGCCCAAGAGCGCCAUACGCUAUCGCCACGCAGUGACGAGCACACAAAGUCUGCCACAGACGAUGAUGUCGCGGCGUUGUUGGACACUGCCUUUGGCCCCAACCAGCCUCGGCCCGACAAAGUAAUCAUCUCGGCCGAAAUCGAGUCCAAGGGGAAGCCGAAUCCGCUAGAGGCGAGCGGCGCGAACCAAGAGUUCAGCAAGCCGAGAGGCGAUGAGCGUGCUGAGCAAUACAAAGUCGUCGUUGAGAAGGCCGAGAAAAGCCGUAUCGGGGGUACGCCAGGCAAAGGGGAGGUGCUACGGGAAUACCAGAAAACAAAGAAGAUUACCAAGUUAUCGUAA